AUGUUGCAGGGAUAUAUCCUGCAAGUCCUUAAGGCCUCUCAUCUCCUGCAACAUCAUAUGCUUCAGGGACUAAUCCUGCAAGACACUUCCUGCACAAACACUUCCAACAUGUACAAUUAUUAUGCCAACACUUCAAUCACAGACACUUCCUGCCCAGACACUUCCAACGCAGACACUUCCUGUCUGGACAGUUCCUGCACGGACAAGUCCUGUGAGGCUGUGGAGUGAUGCGGCUAAGACUGCGGUGAAGUAUCAAAUGGGACACUUUAUCUAAAUGAUGGAGGUUCCAGGUAAACGGGACUGUGAAGUAUGCCUCCACAAUGAACCAGCUCUACAAGACAGGACAUGGAGAGACAUCAAAAACUAUGUGCACAACACAGUAAAAUCUAUUAAAAGGAAGAAGGGCCUUACAAGAGUGGACCCCAGGAAAUGGACAAAGAAAGGAGCGGCAAAGAAACAAACAGAAACAAAAGAGGCAAAGAGUGCUAAGGAAUGGGUUGGUGGAACAAGGACAGUACCUUCACAGGGUCAAGAGGAGAGACUAGAGGCAGUUCCUGUUGCUGUGGCAACACCAAGGAAACAGAAAAUAUGGGGUGAUGAGGCUCAGGCUGCGGUGAGGCGGCAGCUAGAAGACUUCACUAAACUGAUGAAGAUUCCAGGUGAAACGGAAUGUGAUGCAUGUAUUGCAGCUGAACCAGCUCUACAAGGCAGGACAUGGAAAGAUGUAAAAAACUAUGUGCAUAACACAUUAAUGACGAUGUGCAGGAGGCAUAUUUCAGGCAAACAAAACAUGGACCAUGAAAAACCAAGUCCAGUGACACAGAAACCAGGGGUGCAACAGAAACCAGGAGUGCCUUUGGGACUUCCAGAAGAUCUUCCUGUUUAUCUGUACUUAUGA